CGAGAUGUUCGGUAAGAGAAGAUUCUCCAACAAAGUUUUAUCAACUAUGCCAUAAGGCCGCUUUAUAUUUUUUUUUAUAGAGACUGGCACGCAGAAGUGCAACGAUCACCGACUAGUUUUGAUGUACGAUACACAGUCGUAUCAUGCAAGUAUUGCCUAACAAACACUUUGACUAACCCAUAAAGCGUGUUGUGCUAGUCUUCUCGUCAUUCUGCUAUGGGCUUUCUUUCGGCCGAAGAAGAUCUUUGGUUGGCUUGCUUCGGCCUGCAGGAGCAGGAAGCGAGUGCAAUAACUCUGACUCUCCAUUCUGCCGUUUUUGCUGUCAACAAACACGACCAAUGUCUCGAUAAAGGAAAACCAAAACGGAAGUGGACGUGCUACCUGGAGGGACACAUUUUGAGGCCAAGUUUGUUGAAAUACUGUAGACUCUUUUUGUCCCACCCAUGGAAAUCUUUUUUCGUGAGAGUCUGAAAAAAUUUCACUUGGUGUCUGUUUGAAAAGUGAUGCCUUCAGCACAUGGACCACAUAAUUUCAUCAUGGAAAGGCAGAAAUCAAGUAAUUUCUCUUCACCACCACUUGGUGGAGAAGCUAGUACCUUCAUCUGCACAGAGUGUGGCGAUGGGUUCCUUCAUUACACUCAAGUUAUCGCUCACAUGACCAUCCAUGGACCUUUAGAAUCCUUUUCCUUUGAUGGCUCAUCCAACGGGUUUGAAGUCCCUCGGGAAUAUGUGCUACAAGAAAAUGGCACAUUGGCAGUAGUAAAUGGCUUUUCAGUGUUACAAUCUUCUCCAAAACCAGCAUCUCCUGAAGCUUUGCCUCACUUACCAUCUGCUCCUCCUAAACCACCAUCUCCAAAUCCCCAAGUUCAAAUCCAAAAACCACAGUUGUCCAAUGCAGAUGUCAAUAUACCAAGGCCAUCACCGUUGAAUAUUGAAAAGCCUCAGAAAGGCCAUUAUCGCUGCGAAAUAUGUAGUAAAUCGUUCAACACCCUGCAGAGUUUACGUCGUCACCAGCAGUAUAAUAACACAGAGGAAGGUUACAAAUGUACUUUGUGCUGCAAGGCUUUUGUGAGUAGACUACAACUGAAAGCACACUUCCAGGACCAUGCAAGGCAACCAUUUCACUGCUGCAGUCAUUGUGGAAAGCGAUUUGUUAAAGCGUAUGCUUUGGUUGCUCAUGAAAAAGAAAAUCACCUCAUCACCAGUGCUGGUAAUGCGGAGAAUAAUGGAGAAAAGCCUUUGAAAAAAACGUAUCCAUGUCGGAUGUGCAAGUUACAUUUCUUUUGGAUAUCAGAUUUUCAAACCCAUACACUGAAUCACUGCAAAGGUAGAGAGCUUAACACAAACAACAGUGACAGACCUCUGGAAAACUGCUACAGUAAUGGCACAAUUUUUGACAUUGAAAAUGGUAAUGAAGAUGUUGGUGAUAAUACGAGUCAGAUCGACAUAUCAUACAAAUGUGGUUUUUGUGGGGACCAUUUCCAAAAACUAACAGCCCUUAAGAAGCAUCGUCUGACGCAUCAGACACAGGAGGAAAUAGAUCUGCUGGAUCAAGACUCCUUAAUCCCUAAACGAAAAAUAAAGCCUAGAUCUAGACGUAGAAGGGCAAGCCAAAAUGGAAAGCUGUUCUCCUGCAAACUCUGUCCAAGAGUUUUCAAUCAUUCAAGUAGUUUGUCAAGGCACAUGAGGUACCAUAAAGGAACAAUGCAUCUAUGUACACUCUGUGGUAGACGUUUCCCUCAGCGCUGUGAUCUCACACAUCAUGUAGCUCGGUUUCACAAAGACAAUGAACGAACAGCACAGGAUGGGAAACAAGAAUCAGGGAAACAAGGCCGGGCCAAUUACAAGUGUCUAGAAUGCGGGAAGACAUUUGGGCUGAUGUAUGUUUACCAGCGACACUUGACAUAUCACAAAAAAGGUCGUAAUAAGUGUCACUUAUGUUCAGCUCAUUUCAUGACGGCUUCAGCACUUGGAGUUCACCUCCAGAAUCACCCAAACGGUGAAUCAAAAUGUGAUGUGGACAUGUUCUCUCAGGUCAGUGACACAGAUGUCAAUUCUGCCCUGGUCACGAAGAGUAAUGCAGACUACAUAGAAGAGGAGGACAUGGUUGACCAUACCCCAAAUGAUAAAAGGCAUGUGGACAAUAUGGAGGAGGAUGACUUGGUUGACAGUAGUCCAAAUGACAUGAGUCAUGUAGACAAUAAAAAGGAGGACAUGCUUGACCAUACACCAAAUGACAAAAGUCAUAUGGACAAUAUGGACGAGGAAGACAUUGCCAACUGUAGUCAAAACAACAAGAGUCAUUUGGACAAUAUAGAGAAUGAUGUCUUGGUCAAACAUACCCCAAAUGAAAAGGGUCCUGUGGACAAUAUAGAGAAGGAUGACUUGGUCGACCAUACCCCAAAGGAAAAGGGUCCUGUGGACAAUAUAGAGGAGGAUGAUUUGGUCGAUCACAGCCCAAACAGCAAGAGUCAUGUGGACAAUAUAGAAUAUAAUGACAUGGUUGACCGUACCCCAAACAACAAAGAAAAUUCAGAGGUUCUUUAUGAAUGUACUGAGUGCACAGAGACAUUCUCAUGCUCUGAAACCUUUCUUCAACACCAGACUUCUCAUGUAUCCAAAAAUAAUAGUUAAAUAUGAUGAUUUUGGUCAGGAAUUGCUCAAUUUCCUUAGAUAGAUGCUUUAUUAACCUCAAAAUAUAAUUCGCAAACAAUGCAUACUAUUUCAUUUCUAUAUGAAGAUUGUAAUGAUAAUAAAAGUUUUAUAUGAUUUUCUGUGGCAUUCAAAAUGAGUAACAGAGCUUUCUGAUUUUUUUAAAUAAAAAAUAUCACCAACUGACUGGAGACAUUACAAAUGUUAAGUGUUGCAAUGAUAACCUAGCCCUGUGAUUUUAAUGUUUAAUUUGUAUGUAUCUUUACCUUUUUUAGGUUUUUUUUUUUUUUUUAAAUGUUUCCAUUAAAUGUGUAUCGAUAUUCCUG